UUUUGGUGUCCUGUUGUGUUUGCGGAUUGAUGAAAAUUUGGCGAGGGAGAUCAUAAACCAUCGCUCGCUGCAGCACAUCAAUUGUUGAAUUCGUUUGAAGGAGCUGUCAAUUGUUGAAUUCGCUUGAAGGAGAUGGAGCUCGUUUGGCUGAAUUUGCUACUGAGCUGCCACAUUUUGAGGGCCUGCAAUUGAAGAAUACAACACUUGAGAUAACAAUUGAAGAAUACUAGAGUAAUAAUAACUACUGCAAGAUUGAUGUAUUUUCUUUUUGUUGGAGAUUUUCUGCAUCUUUUAUGGACGGUAACAUUUGAGAUAACAAUUUGAUGUGCUAACCAUCAAGAUCAACUUUGACAUGUUUGGUCUCUAAAAGUUACUAUUGACCAUCAUUAGUACAUCCUAUAAGAAGGGGAAAAUAAAGCAUUAAUGUGGAGUAUGUUCCAAUGGAAAUCUUCAGGAACACCUUGAAGGUCUGAGUGCAAUUUUUCUUUAGUUCUCUGUGAGCUUAAAAAUGCAACUGAUGUGGCCCAUGCAACUGAAAUUAAAAACAUGGAGAAGAAUCAUAAAAGAUCUCGCUGAAAAUGCCCUCGUUCCGCACUUCGUGUGGACAGGCAGCGCCCUUUACCUUUGAAGUCUCGAAAAAUGGUCUGGGUGAUGCGGGUGCCUCAAUGCUUGAUGCCAUGUUCUGUAAGAGGCCAAGGUUGUAUUUGGGUGUCCACGCGCUACAGGGAAUUACUGUGCGGAGUAGUAAGAAUUGAUUUAAACGUAGAGCCUAGACUCGCACUCCAUGAGCAUCCAUGGCCGGCGAGACAGGACCCUCGACCCUCGGCCUCUGUUGAGAAGGAUCGUUCCACUGUGUCCGAUUUGUAGUACAGAGCAAUCUCAUUCCUCUGAAGUUCCUAUUGGGAAAAUGGGCAAGAUGUGUUUGGUUAGUGGUGCUUUGUUUUUGAGAGGUUAAGGAUAUGGGAGGGAAUAGAUUCUUGUUUGUUUUUGAGAGAGAGGCAGGGAGGAGGAAAGCGGUAGAGAAUGGACCUUGGACCUUUGGGAAAGAAUUACUAGUCAUGGAGGAGUUCGAUACGGCAAAGACCAUAGAUGAUUAUAAGUUUGAUAAAGUGCCAAUCUGGAUUAGGAUCUUUAACGUGCCGCUGGGUCUGAUGUGCAAAGAAUUGGCAGAAGAUAUGGGUGAGAAUAUUGGUGAUCUGAUAGAGGUGGACACAGGAGAGGAUGGGACAGCGGUUGCGCAAUGCUUGAGGGUCAAAGUGCGGAUCAUGGUGAAGGAACCUCUUAAGAGGGGAAUGUUCCUAGACGAUGAGGAGGAUGCCGAUGGGGACAUAGUGGUCAAGGCAAAGGGGGGAGAGGAGGAGGAAGAACCAAAAAUCUGGUGCCACUUUCAAUACGAGUUCCUCCCGGACUUAUGCUACACAUGCGGCAUCAUGGGGCAUAUUGACCGUGAAUGCAAGACAAAGUUGAAAAGGGGGGAGGUGGCUGAGUAUGGGAGAUGGCUACGUUACUUGCCAGAAGCAUAUCAGGGCGGUGAGGAGAGGGGGAGGCAGGCUAUGGAAUACAGUGGUGGAGCCAACAGAAGGAGGUACGGAUGGACCAAUAGCAGCGGCAGGUCAGGAAGCGAUGGUCCUUCUUGGAGGAAGAAUACAGAAGGGUCUGAGAGAGGCAGUGGGAAUGAACGCCAGAGGACUGAUGGGGAGGAGGUUACCAGCCCAUUAAAGAUCAAAAACAUGACCGGGGUAGCCCCAAGCAGGAGAACUGAUGUGGCGAAGCAGCUGGGGUUCCAGAGCGAUACAGGAAGUGGCGGACAGGUUAAAGGACCCCAAAUCAUACAAAAGGGAGCCUUAACUGUGGAGGUAGUGGAGGGGGGUCCAAAAGAAGGAGGGGGCUUGAUCAAAGGAGUGGGUCAGGUAAAAGGAGGGGAGAACGAAGUUAGUACCGAUGAAGCAAAAUCGGAGGCCGGUAAGGUGGGGGAGGGGGUACGAGGUCAAUCAGCAGAUACAAGUGGGCUGGCCGUUGUACAUAAUGCAGGUGAGAAGCAGAAUUCAAUGGGGAAAGGGGGGAGGUACAAGAAGAAAGGAAGGGAGGGAAGGGUUUUGGGGCAUGCAGAUAAUGUGCUCCUGGAGAAGAAGAGAGGUGGGGAUGACAUGGUGGUUGAGGAGCUAAACCCGGAGAGUAAGAAGAGCAAGUUAGAAGGGCACGGUGCAGAUGGUGUGGAGGUCACAAACAAUGCUAAAGUGGGGCUGUCGGAACAGCCCUGCGUGCCCCAAUGAAGCUUAUCUCCUGGAAUUCCCGGGGGUUGGGGAACGGCCCGGCGAUUCGUGGUCUUCUGGAUCUCCAGAAGAAGGAGGACCCCGAUGUUCUGUUUCUGUCGCAGACGAAGAUGGAGCAACGUAGACUGGAAUGGUUAAGGUGGAAGAUGAAUAUGACUUGUUUGAUGGUGAAGAACUGUGAGGGUCAGAGUGGGGGGUUGGCCAUGUUCUGGAAGAAAGAAGUGAACCUGCGCAUUGUGGGUUUUAUGUCCAAAUAUCAUAUUGAUGCGGAGAUUACUGAGGAGGAUGGGUUCAAGUGGAGGUUUACGGAUGUUUAUGGUGAGCCGAAGAUGAGUGAGAAAGUUAAAACCUGGCGCCUCAUGAGGAAUCUGAAACACCACAAUAAUAAACCGUGGCUUUGUGCAGGCGACUUCAAUGAGGUAUUACAUAGCUGGGAGAAGGAAGGGGGGGUUCCACGCAGCCAGGCAUGUAUGGAUCGGUUUAAAUCAGCCCUCGAAGAGUGUGAAUUAGAUGACCUUGGCUUUAUUGGAGAUGCGUUUACUUGGAGGAAUAACAACCAGGCUGCGUGCGAUUAUGUCAAGGAGCGGCUGGAUAGGGCUGUUGCUACGCAAUCAUGGCGUAACCGUUUUCCUGCUUACAAGGUGAUCAAUGGUGAUCCGUUCCACUCGGACCACAGACCAAUCAUCAUAGAUACGACCGGGGCUGCAGCAAUCAGGAAAGGAGACCCGCAGAAUCGUAUGCCCAGGUUUGAGGCAAGAUGGCUAGAUGAAGAAGGAUGUAGGGAGAUAGUGCAAAAUGCAUGGGGGAGGGAGAAGAAUAUAGAAGGGAAGGAAGUAGCAGGAGCAGCUAAGGGAGUGCUAAAGGAAGUUUUUGAUUGGAGCAAGAACGUUCUCGGCGACCUUGAGAAAAGAAUUCAUAGACUGAAGAAGGAGCUCGAGGCUGUAAGAAGGAAGAGUAUUGAUGACGAGCAGGUUCAGAGGGAGCAUAUGCUGCGAUUUAAAUUGAGUCGGCUGGAGGACCAGCUAGAAACAUACUGGAAACAACGGGCGCACAUCAAUUGGAUGAAGUGGGGAGACCGAAAUACGAAUUUUUUCAUGCGGCCGCGUCGGAGAGGAGGAGGAAGAAUAGGAUCAAGAAGCUAAGAAGGGAUGAUGGGGCUGUGGUGGAGAGGGAGGAGGAGCUGAAGGAAGUUGUAACUAAUUACUUUAUGAAUCUGUUCACUUCUCAUGCAGGUGGUCGGCAUGAAGAACUACUUGCACGAGUGAACUCUCAUGUCACUCCCGAUAUGAACGGCCUCUUGCAGAAGGAGUACACGCGUGAGGAGGUAUAUGAAGCGCUGCAAAGUAUCGGUGACCUCAAAGCUCCGGCCCGGAUGGCAUGCCAGCCGUAUUUAUAAGAAAUGUUGGGACUUUGUGGGUGAUGAUAUUGCUACGGAGGCCCUUGCAGUACUCAAUGGGGGGCCGAUGCCGGAGGGUUGGAACGAGACCUGUGUUGUGCUGAUACCUAAGGUAAAGAAUCCAGAUAAUAUGAAAUAUCUUAGACCAAUCAGCCUCUGCAACGUCGUCUAUAAACUGGUCUCGAAAGUAUUGGCAAACCGUCUCAAACAAAUCCUUCCUGAUAUUAUAUCCCCCAAACAGAGUGCCUUUGUACCUGGUCGGUUAAUUACGGACAAUAUCCUGCUAGCAUAUGAGUGCACACAUCUUAUGCAGAACAAAAGGAGAGGCAAGGAGGGGCUUGCGGAGGUCAAACUCGAUAUGAGUAAAGCCUAUGAUCGCAUUGAAUGGAUCUUCCUGGAAAAGAUGAUGCGGAAACUGGGGUUUGGCGAAGAGUGGAUUGACAGAAUUAUGCUAUGUGUAUCCUCAGUAUCCUAUAGGGUGAAAGUGAACGGAGAUUAUACGGAUGUGAUCGUACCACAACAGGGUCUACGGCAAGGCGACCCUUUAUCACCGUAUCUUUUCCUCAUAUGUGCAGAAGGAUUUUCUUCUCUGCUGAAUGUUGCUGAGGCGGAUGGAACAUUGAGUGGGAUACGCAUUUGCAACAAUGCACCGAGCUUUAAUCCAUCUAUUAUUUGUGGAUGACUCACUAGUACUCAUUAAAGCUACAAGCGAGAGUGCUAUGGCUUUGCAAAAUGUGCUACAACUGUAUGAGGAUUGCUCGGGGCAAGUUGUAAACUAUGAUAAAUCAUCUGUUAUGUUCAGUAAGAAUACAAGGAAUCCGAGGAAACAUGAAGUGCUUGGACUGCUGAAUAUUAGAGCUGAAGCGCGUAAUGAGAAGUACCUGGGACUACCCGUCUAUGUUGGCCAAGCUAGAAAGCAGACCUUUGAGUAUCUGAAGGAGAGGAUAUGGCAGCAGAUACAGGGGUGGCAGGAGAGGUUGCUGUCCAAAAUGGGGAAGGACGUGUUGAUCAAAGCAUGUGCCCAAGCUAUCCCUACUUUUGCUAUGUCAUGUUUCGAUUUGACCAAGACUUUGUGCGAGGAGAUUGGCACGAUGAUAUGUCGAUUUUGGUGGGCAAAACAGGACAAGAAUAACACAAUGCACUGGCUGAGCUGGGAGUUAUUGACAAGACCAAAGAAGGAUGGGGGGAUGGGAUUCAGAGAUAUAUAUGGCUUCAAUAUCGCUAUGUUGUCACGGCAGGCAUGUCGGCUGCUAACUGCACCUGACUCCCUGUGCGCUAGGGUCUUGAAAGCCAGAUACUUUCCGCGCACAUCAAUUCUUGAGGCAGAGGCUCAUCCGGGUAUAUCAUAUACGUGGAGAAGUAUUCUGAAGGGGGUGUCACUUUUGAAGGAGGGUCUGAUACAUAGAGUUGGAGAUGGAAGCUCGGUCUAAAUCUGGACGGAUCCAUGGCUGAACAGAGACGGACCAAGAACUCCAUCCACCCCCAGGGGAGGCUGCCUCCUCACUAGAGUUUGUGAACUAGUGGAUCCAGACACACAGACUUGGGAUGAAGCUUUGGUGUGUGACAUUUUCAGUCCGGAAGAGGCUAGCAUCAUCUUGGCAACUCCGGUCCGGGAUGAUUGGGAGGACUGCUAUGCCUGGUAUCAUGAUAGCAAGGGAGUUUUCUCAGUUAAAUCGGCUUACCAAAUUUACAUCAAGAUGAGGGAUGCAACACUACUGGGGACCUUGACCGUCUUGCCAAACCGAUGGGAGUGGUCUGACAUCUGGAAGUUACCGUGCCAACCAAAAAUCCAACAGUUCGUGUGGCGUCUAGCUCACAACAGCCUACCACUGAAACUGAAUAUGAAACGCCGGGGCAUCAACUGUGACACUGUGUGUGUUUGUUGUAAACGGCUUGAUGAGGAUGGAGCUCACCUGUUUCUGAAGUGCAAACAAGUGAAGAUAGUGUGGCAUUCUUUGCAACUGGAGCAUAUUCGAAUGCAGAUGUGUACAUGUAUCGAUGCACAUGCAGUGGUGAAUACUGUAUUUCAGCUACCAGAAGAGAAAAGGAUUCUGGUGGUCUGCCUGCUAUGGCGAUGGUGGAACUGGAGGAACAAAACAAAUGCGAGCGAAGCUGCUGGACCAAUAGACAAUCUUGCUGGGGAGAUCAAUCAUUGGGCAAUGGAUUCCCUCUCCCUAUGCCGACAACCUAGUAAUGCGAACUAUAAGCGCAUGGCCCAGGAAUGGCAAAGGCCCGAGGAGGACUGCCUGAAAAUUAACUGCGAUGGCGCAUUUUCAGCGACAUCGUGCACAGG